AUGCUACUUGAUGCAUAUGAGUUGCGGCGCCUAGCACGACGUUUCAAAAAAUUGGAUUUGGAUGGUUCGGGAAGUUUGAGUGUUGACGAGUUUAUGUCAUUACCGGAACUGCAACAAAAUCCGUUAGUCCAAAGAGUUAUUGAUAUAUUCGAUGAAGAUGGUGAUGGGGAAGUCGAUUUCAGAGAAUUCAUUCAGGGAAUAUCACAAUUUAGUGUUAAAGGAGACAAAACAGUAAAGCUCAAGUUUGCUUUUCGUAUAUAUGAUAUGGAUCGGGAUGGAUAUAUUUCGAAUGGAGAACUUUUUCAGGUUCUAAAAAUGAUGGUGGGAAACAAUUUGAAAGAUAACCAACUGCAACAAAUAGUUGACAAAACAAUACUAUUUCAUGAUAAAGAUGGUGAUGGUAAAAUAUCUUUCGAUGAGUUCUGCGAUUUCAUUGAUGAAGCUAUUGUGAUACGACUGGACGGCCAGUACCGUCAUACCGUGUUUUCCGAACAAGAAUUAAGAGUCAGACAUCUUGAUGUUGUGGAGCAUACCGAAGUUCAUAAAAAAAUGGUACUAGAAAAUAUUUGA